CUCAGGCUGUGGCACGGGUAGAUAAUGUUCCAAGGCUGUCAGGGAUUCCUACCUCAUAAUCAUCAGACUCCAGCAGAUCAAAACUUCCAAAAGUACAAUCCCCACAUUUAUCAAGCAGCUACACAAGGAAAUAAUUUUCAGGGACAUGCAGCAGGGAAACAAACGACAAAAUAAUUUUAUUGCAGCAUUCAGCCCUUCCACACCUAAUUCUGAAAACAAAUAAAAGGUGGGAGGCUCACAUCAUUUAUUCUGCCUUCAGCAGCAUCAGCUCUGCAGUCAGGAUGGAUUUCUCUAUUUUGACUGCAGUCCUUCUUGGACUCGUCCUGACUCCAGCCCUUGCUGAUUAUCAUCAACAGACUGAAGUAAGCAAGAAAAUCUCCAUUAGUGGGGGCUACCAAAUCAUGACCAUCAAUAGGAAAUGGCUGGUGGCAAGUAUUGAGCAAAAGACCAACCAUGAGUACUGGAAAACCAUCUGGAACUAUGACACAGGUUUUAUGGCAACCAAAGUGCUGCCAGAGAGAGCUUGCUACCUUUCCAUCAUGAACAGAACAGAGAUGCCCAGCUUUGAUGCACUUCCCCAGCUGGCUGCAGACAUCAGGAACCAGAACCGUCCAAGACCCCCUGCAAAGGAGAUCACAUUCACCCUCGUCAGGAGAACCAUCCGUGACCUCGAAUCUUAUGGGCCAGACAUCUUCUCCAUGUGCAGAGGGCUCUCAACUUAUGUGGGUUAUGAAGUCCACGAGCCCCAAUUCAAUCUGGGAUCGUGCCUCAAGCUCGAUGUCCUUCAAUAUCUGGCCCUCACCUACUGCCACAACAAAAACUUUGUGUAAAUCCUUUCCUGAGCCUUUCCUGAGCCUCGUGGGAUGCUCCAGCAGCAGCCUCGUAGCUGCUGCCCAAACCCAACCCUGCUGGAGUUAUUCCCUGGCAUCUCUUCUUUCAAGAGGUUCCUUCCUGAA